UUUGAGAAAAACUAAACAUGGCACCUACAACGUUAGCUAGCGUCGUGUUGGUGGUCUGUCUGGGCUCUUGUCUUUCAGUCCCCAUACCUCUAGAGGAAAGCUCUGAGCUCACGGAUAGGGACCUUCGCUUUGCACAGAAAUAUCUAAGCACUUUGUAUAGUUCUCCUUCUAACCCUGCUGGGAUUCUGAGGAAAAGCGCCAAAGGUGCGACAGGCCAGCUUAAGGAAAUGCAAGCCUUCUUCGGCCUGGACAUAACGGGCAAACUGGAUGAAGAGACUCUUGAAGUGAUGAAACAGCCAAGAUGUGGAGUUCCUGAUAUAGGGGAAUAUAACUUCUUCCCACGGAAGCUGAAAUGGCCCAGACACAAUCUCACCUACAGGAUUGUUAAUUACACCCCGGAUUUAACACGUGCAGAUGUGGACAGAGCUAUUAAGAAAGCACUGAAAGUAUGGAGUGAUGUCACACCAUUGAAUUUCACCAGGCUGCGAUCCGGCACUGCGGAUAUUAUGAUUUCCUUCGGAAAAAAUGAACAUGGUGACUACUAUCCAUUUGAUGGCCCCAAUGGUUUGCUGGCUCAUGCUUUCCCCCCAGGAGAGAAAAUUGGAGGGGACACGCAUUUCGAUGAUGAUGAAAUAUUCGCAAACGACAACAAAGGAUACAAUCUGUUUAUGGUUGCUGCUCAUGAAUUUGGCCAUGCCCUGGGGCUGGACCAUUCCAGGGAUCCAGGCUCUCUGAUGUAUCCAGUGUACUCAUACACAGAGACCAGAAGCUUCAUUCUUCCUGACGAUGACGUGCAGGGGAUCCAGGAACUGUACGGGUCUGGUAACAGAGACCCGAACCCAAAACAUCCCAAAACACCCGAGAAGUGUGACCCAGAACUGGAGAUUGAUGCAAUAACGGAGCUCAGAGGGGAAAAGUUUAUCUUCAAAGACAGAUUCUUCUGGAGGGUUCAUCCUCAAAUGAUAGAAGCAGAGUUGGUCUUGAUUAAGUCUUUCUGGCCUGAACUUCCCAAUAAAAUUGACGCUGCUUAUGAAUAUCCACAGAAGGAUCUUGUAUAUAUUUUUAAAGGGAAGAAAUUUUGGGCUCUGAAUGGAUAUGAUAUACUGGAUGAUUAUCCCAAAAAAUUGCAUGAGCUUGGAUUUCCAAAAAUUCUCAAAUCUAUAGACGCAGCUGUUCAUAAUGAUGCCACCGGCAAAACUCUUUUCUUCACUGGAGACAAGUAUUGGAGUUAUGAUGAAGAAGAGAGGACUUUAGACAAAGGCUACCCCAGGUCCAUAGCAGAUGACUUCCUGGGAAUUGGCGAUAAAGUUGAUGCAGCUUACAGAAGAAAUGGCUACAUUUACUUCUUCAAUGGGCCCCUUCAAUAUGAAUACAGCAUCUGGAGUAAGAAAGUGACCCGUGUAAUGAAGACCAACUCUCUCCUGUGGUGCUAAUCUUCUGAAUCUACACUGUCCCCUACUGUGGGGGAGUCGGUUGCAGAACUUCACCCACUUGACCUUUGUACGUUAUUAUAACGCUCUGGAUGACAACAAACUACAGUGAAAUGUUAGAUAUUUGCACCAUAGUUGAAUUUUAAAAAUGUUAUUUAUAUGCCCAGACGCUACAGCUCUGCUAAUAUGGGUCUUAUCUAAAUGAUGUUGGUUUGGGUGCUCAUGUUUCUGUAUAUGUUUUAUAGCGUACCUGUCAAUUGCACAACAUGGAGGCAGCCAUAUUGUGGGUUCAAUAUAAAUAGCAUUGCAGCCAAUCAUUUCACUCGGGAAUCAGUGACAUCACUGAAGCAUUUUGUUCCCUCAUUCUCAGAGACUUCUAAGGCUGCAUUAAAGUUCUGCAGACAACAUGGCUUCAUUCUACAAUUUAGUCAAUUAUUAUGUUAAUCUACAGAGGCAGAAUAAACCAUCGACGGGAUGUAAUGGAGACCGAGAUCGCUGGAGGUGUGGGAUGCCCGCUGAUCUUGGACAUUUUUUUAAAGGGGCAAUUACUUAAAUGGCAAAACCAUGCCUUGUAAAUGAUUGCCCCUUUAAAAAAAAAAUAUCACAGUUCAGCCAGCAUUCCGCACAUGUGGCUAUCUCGGACCCAUUAUUAUAUCCUGCCCUACAGUAUGUGUCUGCAAAAUGAAGCUGGUAUUCUGUCAGCCACUGAGAUGGUUUCUGAGGAGGGAAUCCCCGUGUUUUAAAAAUAAUAAUAUGAUGAUGUCACCAAUGUUUCAGUUCUACAGGUUUUAAUUUAUUAACAUAGCUGAAAGGGGUAAAUCUGUUCUGAAAGCAUAUAAACCAAUCAUAUGUUAGGUUUCAUCUUGGUAGCGCAGACUAGGCAAUGGAAAUGAAUAUAUUAUUGGCUUGUAUAGUUUUCGUGCAGAUUUGCGCCCUUAAACAAUGUUAAUAGGUAACCUUUUUUUAUCUCUGAUAUAUUUUCCUAAUAAUUCUACAUUGAGUACCUAAUUCAGAGUUAGGAACAAAUCAAAAACAGGAGCAAUUUGCACCUCGGCAAAACCAUGUUGCACUGAAGUUGGGACAGAUUAAAAUUGAGAUAAAGGCCGGAUGUAAUGCAGCGGAAGACGACCGUAGCGCAGAGAUUCCGGCCAAACGCUUAGGUUUCUAUUAAAGCGUCAAACAUUCUCAAAGCAAAACCAGGUUGUUUUUGCCUUGUGAACGAUUGCCACUUUAAAAAAAAUGUACGAGUUCAGCUGAUUUUGUGCAGUCUCUGCGCAGCCCAGGACUUACUCAGCCGCUGCGAUCACAUCAGCCUGUCCGGGACCGGAUUUGCUGUUAGACACCCUCCCUGAAAAUGCUUGGGCACACCUGCGUUUUUCCAACCACUCCCAGAAAACGGUCAGUUGCCGCCCACAAACACCCUAUUCCUGUCAAUCUUCUUGCGAACGCCGGUGCGAAUGGAUCCUUCGCUCAAACCCGUCGCUGACCGCCGAUCUGCUUUGCAGCUGUCCGUCGCGUCUGCACAUUGUGGUGCAUAUGCAUGCGCAGUUUGGAUCUGAUCGCCCGCUGUGCGAAAACGCACAGCAGCGAUCAGUUCUGAAUGACCCCAUGGCUUGCUCCAAAUUGCGCCUGCUUGCUUAUUUUUUUAUUAUUAUUUGCUCCUAAAUCUGAUUCAGGUCCUGAGUGUUUUACUGUUAUGCUUGCGGACCGCUCAGCAAUGUCUGGGUGAAAGUUUUACACUAAGAACAGUAUUUGGUUAAAGUAGAUGCAGACUUACAACCACAUAUUUUAUAGUUCUCAGACCUGACUCUGCUGCAGACUUCUCUGUUUCUGGCAAAUCAGUGCCCUCACAACCUGGGUAUGUUGGAAAUCCAUAUAAACCUGUUCUUGGGACAGUGGGAACCUGUGCUUAGGGCCAGGAGCGGAGAGAGGUAUGGCCUUUUUGAGGGGGACCUACUAGUUUACAUAGAUUUUUCUUAAAAGGGGCAUGGGCACAUCUCUCAGAUAUGACCACACCUCCUACCAUAACUGGGCCCCAUGGACGUCUCAACGGCCUUGCAGGGCCAUAGGGGCGACAUUUUCUGCACGCUUUUUUUGUGCAUUUAUAAUUCAUUGUGUGCAUAAAUUACACACUCAGGGAGGCAUGUACUAAGC